CUUUAAAAGAGAUUAUUUCUUAUUUAAAAACUUAUUUCUUUACAAAAAAUAAUUACAAAAAAACUAUAAUCAUGGGAGAUUUUAAUAUAAAUCCUCAUAAAACAAAUUCAACUUUUACAAAUGUUCAAUUAGACGACCCUAUAAAUUCUAAUCACGAGACUUCAGCGUAUUAUCACAAAAACAUUUUAACCAUCCUUAAAAAUAAUCGCUUAAAAGACAUUGUCAAAUUUUUUAAUGAUACACCAUCUUAUACCUUUAGCAAUACCUCUGAAAAUACGUCUUAUAUUGAUAUUAUUUUUGUUUCACCAAACUUUUUAACACAUUGUUUAUUUGGUACUAUAGCUACUGAACCAAUAAGUACUGAUCACCGAUUAAUAGUGAUCACUUUGAACAACAAAUUUUUUUAUUCCCCUAAUCAAAAUAUUUUAAACGAUUCUCUCAAUGAAAUUGAAAUGUGUAAAAAGAAUUCACUUUCUAAUAAUGAAAGAUAUAAUUAUAAAAAAAUAACAAAAGAACAGUGGGUAGACUUUAAAAAUUUAGUAUGGAAUAAUUUUCAAUCAAUUUCGACACGUUCACAAACACACAUUAACCCACAAAAACAUGUCAACAUUGUUUUUGAAAACAUAGUACAAAGUAUUCACAAAGCUAUAAACGCUAUAGGAUUUCCUAUAAUUAAACAAAACAUGCAUCAAUACACUUAUUCUUAUUCGAUUAGAAUUUUAGAAAAUGAUCUUUAUUAUAUAGCAUCCCUUAUUAAUAGAUUAGAAAAUUAUUUUAAUCCUAAAACACAUCGAUCAAGAUAUUAUUUCUAUGAUACCACUUUUUGGGAGGGACCUAAAAAAUUAAAUCGAUUAAAAAGAAUCGUUUCAAAUUUAGACUUACGAAAUUUAUCAAUUAAUACACGUGAUGUCGUGUGGCCAACUUAUUUGACUGCUCCUUAUUAUUUAACUAUUUUGAAUACUUUAAUUAAAAUCAAAACAUUCAUUAAUAAUUCAUUAAAUGAACAAAUUAGUCAUUUUCAAAAAAAAAAAAUAGAAAAAUUUAUUAAUAGACGUGACGAUGAUCUAAGACUAAACCAGAAAAGGAUGUUAACAUCUUUAUUAGACCGAGUGCCAGAAAAAAUCAAAAUGGACAAAUUAAUAUUUAAAGAUGAAUACGAUAUCACAACUUUUACAACAGAUAAGGAUGAAAUAGAAGAAAAAGCAAUAGACCAUUUCAGCAACAUUGGUAAAGUAAUACAAUCACCUUUAUCUUAUGAUCCAUCAUCACCUUUACGUGAGCCCUGGAAGUCUAUAUAUACGCCUAUUAAUGUAGCAUCACAAGAAAAUAUUAACAAAUUAAAUAGAUUGAUCACAAUGGACGAGUUGCAGGAAGCAAUUAAAGAUUUACCGACAAAAAAGUCUGCUGGACCUAAUAAGAUCAGCUAUGAAAUUAUUAAACAAUUACAUUUACAAAUUUUAGAAGUCAUUUUAUAACUUUUUAAUUAUAUACUUAUCAAUGAAGUUACUCCAGAACAAUUUAAACUCGCUCUCCUUUAUCCAAUUCCAAAACCCACUUGGUGGAACUACGAUAUUAAUCAUACGCGUCCUAUUAUAUUAUUAGAUUGUUUUCGCAAACUUUUAGUUAAAAUUAUUAAUUCAAGACUUAAUUUAUAUUUAAGCACGAAUAACAUUCUCCAACAUAAUAAUCAAGCAGGUGUACAAGGAGCAUCUUGAAAUGAAAUUAUUUUAUACAUUCAAUCUAUUAU